UGAGUUCGAAAUUAGAAAGCUUCAAAACUUGAGUUCUAAUCAUACAUAUGUGCUUUCUCUUCACCUAUAAAUAAUCCAUAGAUACCAAACCUGUUCCAUCACCACACCUAUUAAAUUCACAACCACGUUCAAAACAUCCACAUAUAUACAAAAAGAAGAAGAAAAAACCACGUCCAUUUUAUUCAUUAUUUCCUAGAUAUGGCAGCAGAUAUGGAACGAUUGAAGGAUCCUCAAGGGGAAGAGCGCAGAGCGAGACGUAUGAAAUGUUUAGGAUACGUUGCUGCUUUCGCCGUGUUUCAAACCGCGAUCAUAUUGAUCUUCGCUCUCGUUGUCAUGAAGGUCGAUGCUCCCAAAUUCCGGGUGAGAUCCGCCACGUUUGAUGAUUUCCAAGUUUCAACGUUAAGCACCAAUGCAUCAUUCAAGGUUAGGAUGAACGCGGAUCUCGCGAUCAAGAACAAGAACUUUGGUCGAUACAAGUACGAAAACAGCACCAUGGAGUUUUUCUAUCGAGACAUCAAAGUAGGAGAAGCUGUGAUUCCAAGCGGCAAAGCUAAGUUCCGAUCGACCAAGAAAUUCACUGUUCCGGUGGAUUUGUCAUCGGCUAAAGUGCCCGGGAAUGUGCUUGGUGAUGAGCUUCUUAAGCAUGCAUGGAUCCCGUUGACUAGCAGGUCAACGUUGAAAGGCAAAGUGAGGUUAAUGCUGAUUUUCAACAAGAAGAAGUCCACUAACAUGAACUGUACCAUGAACCUCAACACCUCAUCAAAGCAGCUCCAGGAUUUGAUUUGCCAGUGAUCAACUUCCGCUUUGUAGUUCAAUUAUGGUUAUAGUAUUUUCCUGGUGUGUUUUUUUUUUUUAAAAAAAAUUCUUUUAUUCUUUUUCUUUUUCAAAGGGGCAGCUUAUGUAGGUCUGUGUUUAUAUAUUUAGGUACCCUGGAUUUGUUGCUUAUUGAUAGCUUGUACUGAAUUGUGCUUUAAUUAAUUUUCCGCACCAUUUCUUUUAGAGUAAUGAUGUCCCACUAUAUUAUUAUAAAUUUACUCAUAACUCUACUUACAUAGC